AUGCAGAUCUCGCACAUUUGUCCUACGCCUACGCGUUUAAAGGUCCCCUCCGGCUCAUUUGACCCCUUGCUGCUUUCUGUCGUACGGAACCGGCCCGGAACAGCCCAUCUAACGCUAAACGAGCAAUGCACAACGGACACGAGUUUGAACAGAACGGACAUGCAACCAAUGGAACAGCACUCAGUAGAUGGCGAAACAUCUACUUCUUCGGCCUCGGCCGAUGUUGUGAAAAUGGAUUACUCGACGGAUUUUCCCAAGUUGCCUGAAGUUGCGCCCGCAGCUGCAAAGCCUCUAGGAGCAUGGUCACGUCCUGCCGUAGGAACGAAACAAAUUGUUCACUCAUUCAUACUGGCGGCUGAUGAGCGAGCUAACAAAGUAAAGAGCUUCCCCGGAAAUACCAGCGAAGAGCAUAAGAAAUGUCAGGCUGUCGCAGCCGCAACUGGUACUAGAAUCGAACUGAGCGAGUCGAAAGACGGCUCUCUUACCGUCGUGAUUAAGGGACUACGUGCUAAGGUCGAGGAUGCCCAUGCUCGUCUUGUGCGCGAUCUACAGACGCAGGCUAGCCGCGAUCUAGAUAUACCCAAAGAUCAUCACAGAAAACUCAUAGGCAAGGAGGGAACAACGCUUCGUCAGCUAGAGGCUGAUACUAACUGCCGCAUCACCAUACCCAGCCGGGACACUCCUUCGGAGACCAUAAAAAUUGUAGGACCUCGCGAAGGCAUUGAGAAGGCUGUGGCUUACAUAAAGUCUGUGUCGGAAAGAGAGUCGAAGUUGGCUACUGAACAUAUCGUGUGUCCGCGUAUCUUCUAUCCAUUUGUUCGUGGACCUUUCAAUGAAACUUACGACAAGCUCACACAAGAAACUGGCGCAAAGAUUAACAUUCCACCAAGUCAAGCCAACAAUGAGGUAAUCGUCAUCACAGGAGAAAAGGAAGGUGUGCACAAAGCCGCUGCGGUAAUUCGUGGCAUAGUUGCUGACAAGCAAGCAACUGCAAAAUCAGUGACCUGCACUGUUGCCAAAGCUCAGCACAGAUAUAUCAUAGGACAACAACGCAGUGGUCUACAUACAAUCCUCAAAGAAACCGGUGUUUCUGUUGAGGUUCCAAAUGAGGACGAAAAUUCUGACACAAUUACUCUGCGUGGAGAUCCUGCCAAGCUCGGCGAGGCUCUUGCGCUAGUAUAUCAGCGCGCUAGCUCCGUGAUCACCCAACAGAUAGUGGCACCUAGUUGGCUUCACAAACAUCUCAUCGGUCCGAAAGGAUCAACUUUGCAGAAUCUUGUCCCAAAUCGCGGGAAGGUACAGAUUGACUUUGAGGACACCGGUAAUAUCUUUCUCGAGGGAGCACCGGAGGAAGUUAAGGCUGCUCAUGCGGUUCUUUCUGCGGAGGUAGAUCGUCUCCAGAAAGAAAUGUGUAUUGAAAAAGUGAAAGUACACCCAAGUCUACACCGGCAUGUCAUCGGUAGAGGAGGAGCGCUAAUCACGAAAAUCAAGGAUGAGACUGGAGUGCAGAUCUCAAUUCCAAACGAGCAAACUAACUCGGAUGAAAUUGUUGUUGAAGGAAAGAAGGACGGAGUAAAACGAGCCGUCGAAGAUAUCAAGACCAUUGUAUCAAAGAUUGAGAAUGAGAAGUCGCGCGACAUAAUAAUCGAACAGCGUCUUCACAAACUCAUUAUUGGUGCAAAAGGAGAAAAUAUCUCAAAAAUCCGCGUUGCUCAUCCCAACAUCGUCCUUUCUUUCCCUGAUGUCAACAAAAAAUCUGAUGUCAUCAACAUUCGAGGUGAAAAGAGCGAAGUGGACAAGGUUUACAAGCAACUCCAGACAUUAGCGAAAGAGCUGGCUGAAAGCAACUAUCAGGAAACCGUCCCAAUAUUCAAAGAGUUCCACAAACAUAUCAUUGGAAAAGGCGGUGCUACGAUCAAGAAGAUUCGUGAGGAAACAGAGACCAGGAUUGAUUUACCAGAGGGCGAUUCCGGCGAGGAGCGCAUCACUGUUACUGGAAAGAAAGCGAAUGUCGAAAAAGCUAUUGAUCAGCUGAAUAAAAUCCAAAAUGAGCUUGCCAGUAUUGUCAUCAUUGAAGUUGAUAUUCCCGUGAAAGUGCAAUCGCGACUUCUUGGCAAUGGACGCCGUCUUAUCUCUGAUAUUGAGGAGGAAUGCGGUGGUGUGCAUAUUAGAUUCCCAGCUGAGAAAAGUGAAAGUACCAAAGUCACCAUUCGUGGACCAAAACCGGAUGCCGAAAGAGCUCAGAAGUUGCUCGUUGAUCUUGCCAAGGACAAGGAAGUCAACCUCCAUGAGGACACCAUUGUAGCAAAACCUGAAUUCCAUAGAUUCCUUAUUGGAAAAGGCGGCGCAAAGAUCAAUAAGAUGCGUGAAAAUUAUGAUGUACGUGUGAUGUUCCCCAGAGAAACGGACGCUGACAAGGAAACCAUCCAUCUUCUUGGUAAGAAGGAAGAUGUUCUCAAGGUGAAGAAGGAGCUUGAAGAGAACAUCAAGCAACUCAACGAGACAGUCGAAAGCACCAUCGAGGUUGAUACCAAGCAUCACCGUCACUUCGUUAUGCGAGGAGCUGCAGUACUUCGUGAGAUUCAAGAGCAAAACGGUGGAGUCGUCAUUUCCUUCCCGAAGAUGGGAAGCGACUCGACUACCGUCCAUAUCAAAGGCUCCAAGCAAUGCGUCGAAUCAGCUAAGGCACGCAUCGAAGAGAUUGUUGAGGACAUUGAGAAGCAAGUGUCGAUUCAAGUGGAGAUUCCAUCACAAUUCCACCGUGCUCUACUCGUAAAUCGUGGUCAAAAGAUUCAGGAUCUACAAUCGAAGCAUCAUGUACUCAUCCGUUUCCCUGAGCGCAGAUUCGGUAAUGAAGCCACAGACGGUGCAGAUGCCGAAACACAUCCUGAGAAUAUUGUGACGAUCUCUGGUCGAGACACGAAGUGUGAGGCUGCAAAGGAAGAGCUGCUGGCAAUGGUGCCGGUGUCGAAAGUGAUCAACGUUCCUAUCGACAUGCAUCGCAGUCUUAUUGGACGCGGUGGAGAAACGGUUCGCAAGCUCAUGCAAGAUUACGACGUCAACAUAUCAAUCCCAAAGAAUAACGAGAGCGAGGAGAUUACGGUCACUGGGCAACGCGAACAUGUUGAGGAUGCUUUGGAAAAGAUCAGAGAGAAGAUCGCUGAAUUUGAGGCUCUGGCUGAAGACAGGAAGCUUCGUUCGUUCCAACUUGUAAUCGACGUUCCUGCUGAAUAUCAUACUCGCAUCAUUGGGCCGAGAGGAGCUACUGUGAAUGCACUCAGAGCCAAACAUGAUGUUCAGAUCAGUCUGCCGCGUGGUGAAGAAAAAUCGGACCAGAUCACCAUCCAGGGUUACGAGGCUUCAGCACGUGCUUGCGCUGCUGAAAUUGACGAAAUGAUUGAAGAGAUUCGAUCCAUGUUUACGCAGGAAGUGUCCAUAGACGCUGGUUUCCAUCCUCGCAUGAUUGGCCAACGUGGCAAGAAUCUCAAAAAGCUCAUGGAAGACUAUGGUGUUGAAAUUCGUUUCCCUCGUGAUGCGGCGGACCCUAACCUCGUCAUCAUUGCCGGUUCGAAGUCAGCAAACCGGGUUUUCAAGUGCCUGGAAGAACUUUUGAAUCUGACCGAGGAGAUACAGAGUGAAAAAGAACAGCUGACUGAUAGUUCAGUAGUCGCAUCUAAUUCACCUUUCACGACAAAUCGUGCUUCUUGGUUAGAUUGUUACCUUCUCUCCUUCACUAAUAUGAGCGAAUUCGGUAGUGUUAUCUUUUCUUGCGUGGUCACUGAACCUCUUCAAAAAAGAUUUGCGAACAGUUUCACAAGAGGUUCAAAAAGAGAGAUCAAGAAUGCCUAUACUCAGCUGCAAAGAGUCCCUUUUUCCAUAAUGCAACAACCUUGUACCAGAAAAUCUGAAAUUGCCAACCACAAAUUCUAUCAGAUGCAAAGACGCUACAGCGGCAGUCGCAACUUUUGCAAAAAUCGCAAACGCUACUUUGUCAUCUGA